AUGGCCGGCCCGAGCUCAGGCUCGAAAGGAUGUCRGAGCUGUCGAAAGCGGCGAUUGCGAUGUGAUGGACUGCAACCCACAUGCUCUCGCUGCUACCGAGAAGGGAUCGAAUGUGACUAUCAUGCGACAGUCAAGUUCAUCCAGCAUGAUGUUUCGAAGCAGAGGCGUCACAAAGUGUCGCUCAAAUCGGUCGCAGGACUUUUAAACGAUACAAGCCUGUCGAAACUGGACGACACGGCUAUGAUCUGCCACCUCAAGCGCCUCCUAUAUGAAGUACCACCCGGCGAGGAUGGUGGGGUUGGYGAGUGGGUUGGACUCGCUGCUCACAAUCGACCGCGAGAUCUCGCUUUCAACUGUCUUCUUUCAAUGAGUCAAUCAUUCUAUGGCGUGUACCGCAAAGCGAAACCCUUUGCCGUGCAAGGACGUCGUCUAUACGGAGAAUGCCUGGCUCUGGUGAACGCCAACCUUCGUGAUGUCAAGAAGCAAAAGACAAACGAUACCUUGAGAUCUGUGGUAGUUCUUGGAGCUUAUGAGCUCAUGUCUGAGACCGAUCCUGUGGGAUGGAUAAGCCACGCUCGUGGAGUGGCUAUGCUCAUUCAGAUGCGAGGUGUGAAAGCAUGCGCGAAUCGGGAGUUCUUCGAUCUUUUUCGUUCCAACAGAUUCUACAUUACACUCGCUUCGCUAGCGACUUCGUCAUCUACCUUUAUAUCUGGCUGUGAAUGGAAAGAAAGACCUUGGGAGCUAGCGUCGGUCUCCAAGCAAUCCGGCGAUACCCUCUUGGAUCUAAUGGUGGAUUUACCURCGUUAAUUGAACGGAAACAGAAGCAAAUCGACCUCUCCACAAUUACCGCAGAGGCUCUAGAUGUUUUGGAAAGGCUGGAACAGUGGUGGGACGAAUGGAAGUCUCUGCCAUCUUCACGCAUGAUUGAAGUGCAAGUGCAGAACGAUCCAGAAGGCCAGAAGACUUGGGAUACAGACAUCAGCUGCGUUUCGCUCUACGCAGCAAACUGUUACGCCAUCUACAACGCAGUUGUAAUACUCGCCAUUGAUACCGCAGUCCAAUCGGCUGGACCUGAAGACUUCAGUCCCGGGAGCGGCGAAGCAAGUCAAUUACUCUUCAAAACGCGGCACGCAGCAAUGGAGAUUUGCCGCAUUAUAGACUACCAUCUCUUGCAUGCAUAUGGACGCAUGAGUGAGUUGAUUCUACUCUGGCCUAUCCGAAUGGCCUGGCUGGCACUUGGGAAAAGUUCCACGCCUGAAGGAAGAUGGUUGGAAUUGCGGAAUGAAGAAAUCAACCAUCGGCGAGGGUAUUGGGAGGUUGCGAGCCAGACUUUYCAUGAUUUCGAAUCUUCCACGCCUUGA